AUGUCCAUGUAUGGAUUCCGGCGAUAUUUUGCCGGUGGUACACCGUUGGAACGAUUAAAAUGGCCGACCAAGAAAUUCUGCAUGAAUAAUCGAUUUUUCGGUAGUGGAAGAGCUCCUCGUCCUUCCCAAUAUGGCCUUCGACCUGCUAGGAUGGGUAAAGUACUGUGGCGGUAUUUCAAUGCGCCGGGCAACGUUAUGUUUGUAACUACGAAUGUCGUUACUCUGGUGGGAAUUAUGUCGUAUACUACGCUGCAGGGCAUGGCUCGAGAACGGGCCAUGCAAGAAUAUCUCCAAGACAAGGCGUGGGAAUUUAGCUCUGAGGAAUCGUCGAAUGUGGUCUCGGGGAAAGCUGCUCCGUUUCGUAAAUACAAGGCUAGUGAUAUCUUACUCCAAAAAAAUGGGUCACCCGCUACAUGCCACAUGCAGCACGCAAAGAUGUCGUUAUUCCACUUGUUGUACUCGUUUUAUCUGUGUCGAGAUGCCACGGCACCAGAUCAAGGUUUGUCGGAGAAUGAUUCGACAGAGUGGAUUGCAGAAGCUCAACAACUGCGACAAGGGCUGCCGAAAGGUUCGCAACAGGUGUCUCCACAGACUUUUUACAGCAUCUGGCGUCAAGAGUUUGACCAGCUGUUCAGCAGCCUUAGUCGCUCACAACAAUUCCACAUGCCCAACUGGACCCAAUACCCUCACAGCCUUCAAGCCAUCUGUCAGAAACUUCAUGACAAUGAGCUGCGAACACUUUCAGAUUUCAUGCAGUUUUAUCAGAGCGUGAAGCCAGGAUCAAUUCGAGCUCUAUUGCGAGCAUGGCUCUACGACAAUUUCCGGCUAUUCCAGGUUACCACGGAUGUCGACAACGAAGGGUUUUAUCGGCACCUGGUUCAGACUUGCGGUAACGACCGAUACUUAUUUACACGCUAUGCAUCGAUCCUGCUCAAUCCAGACAACCCGCGACGCCGAGCGUUCUUCAAUCGUCAUAGCCAUGAAGAAAUGAGCGUUUCACUGGAUACAGUUCUAGAGGUGCUGAAGGGUAAUCUGCAGGCCGCUACAGGCGCUUUGAACAAGUCCAAUUGUCAUGAAUCCAUCUUGCGACUCGUCGCGCUUAUCCGGACCAGCUGUGUGACAAGCAGGGGCUCCAUGGGCAAACCCGAAGUGCGCGUUUUGCUGCCAGACAAUAAUUCGCAGUCUUGGGACUCCCAAAACGAACACCGAACCUCCUCCAAAGAUAGGAAUGCAUGCUACAAGUUAGUUAGCCAAAAUCCCGAAUUGAUGGCUGUUCUAGGAGCGAUAUCUAAUUUACCAUCCUAG